AUGGAUCAUUCCACUACCACUAACAGCACUCAUCUGCCACAGACUGUGAUGCCAGAUAUCUCUAGUCUUUCGAUUUCAUCGAUGUCAGAUUAUCAUGCGUUUGAAUUCCCUGGUAAGACACUUCAGAAAGAGAACGUCAUUGAUAUCUUAGAUCGUCAAGGGUUCAUACCCGAUGAUUUGAUUGAGAAUGAAGUAGAAUGGUUUUACAACUCGUUGGGUAUUGAUGAUUUGUUUUUUUCAAGAAAUACCCCUGAAUUGUUAGCUAAUUUGAUCCAUUCACUUUAUUCUUCCAAACUGGAUUCGUUUGCCAAAUCGAAAUUGAACAAUUCUGACAAGACUCAAAUCUUUAAUAUCAAGAACAAGAUUAUUACCAAUGACAAUUCGGCUAUAUUCAUGGAAUCCAACGGAUUGGGACUCAGAAUGGACGAUGAAGGUAAGACACAGCCUGCAAAGCAACAAAAGGAAACAUCUCCCUCUUUUAACAUCUAUAACAAUGUAGACGAGUUUUGCUCUCCUUAUGAAUUGGAUUCAGAGAUUGAUGAUUUAUAUCUCGAUAAUAAAGAGAAGAAAUGUGGUCGUUUAGUAUCGUUUUGGACACCUGAAAGUGGGUUGAAAUUGACUUUUGUCUACAAUAGUAAUUUCCCAGAAGUCGAUAUUCAAAAAAACACAUUAACUUCCUCUCAAUUGUUUAAAGGUGAUAUCGAUUCCAUUAGUGACAAGACUAUGGUUAAAGUCACAUCAUUGGAAAAUAAGAAAAUGUACGGUCUUUUAAUCAAAUUGGUUCAAGAAAGAGAGGGGCCUGUUAUCAAGACGACUCAUUCUAUGGAAAAUAAUGAUGAAGUUCGUAUGUUGGUUGCAUUCAAGAGAUUUACUACCAAAAAAUAUUAUUCUGCUGUCAAUUCUUUAUUCCAUUAUUAUAAAUUGAAACCUUCCAAGUUUUAUGUAGAAUCAUUUAAUACCUCAGGUAUUAAUACCACUGCAGUCCCCAAUGAAAAUGAUUCAUUCUCUAAUAAAUUGGCAAAUGAAGGUAAAAAAAUCAACAAAAAUAAUGAUGUCAUCAUUUUCUCCAUUUAUUUGAAUAAAUCUAAACAAUUAAAUGAAGGUGGGUUAACUUAUUCAUUAGAACAAGCAAUUACUCAAAUUGAAAAAGAAGCUUCUUUAUUAUAUGCAAUUCCAGAAAACGCAUUCCAUUCAGUAUACUUAGAGAGACAAUUUUCUCCACAAGAAGCCAUCUACGCUCAUAUUGGGUCCAUUUUCAUUAAUCAUUUCAUUAAUAGAUUAGGUUCUGAUUAUCAAUCUCUAUUGACUCAAUUGAAUCCGAAAAAGACUGAUACCCUUCUAUUGGAAUUGAUUGAAAAAAUGAAAAGAAAAUUAAGAACAGAAACUUAUUCCCAAUCAAUGAUCAUUAACACUUUCCAUAAAUAUCAUAAAGUUGUUUCUAAAUUGUACAAGAAUUUUGCAGAAAUUCAUUAUUCUUAUGAUAAGGCAAAAGCUUUGGAAAAUACUUUAUCUUACAAGAGGUUGGAACAAUUAGAACCAUUUGCCAAUGAGCAAGAAUUUAAAGCUUAUUUGGAUAAAUAUAUUCCAAACGAUUCGCCAGAUUUAUUGAUUUUGAAAACUUUACACAUCUUUAAUAAAUCAAUCUUAAAGACGAAUUUCUUUGUCACUAGAAAAGUAGCCAUCUCCUUUAGAUUAGACCCAACUUUAAUAAUGUCCAAGACAGAAUAUCCAGAUACUCCAUAUGGUGUUUUCUUUGUUAUUGGUAACACAUUUAAGGGGUUCCACAUUAGAUUCAGAGAUAUCGCCCGUGGUGGGAUUAGAAUAGUUACUUCUCCAACUCAAGAUGUUUAUGAAGUUAAUUCAAAGAAUGUCAUUGAUGAAAAUUAUAACUUAGCUUAUACUCAACAAAGGAAAAACAAAGAUAUCCCAGAAGGUGGUUCCAAAGGUGUUGUCUUGAUGAAUCCAGGAUUAUGCUCUCCAGAUCAAACAUUUAUUGCUUUUAGUCAAUACAUCGAUUCUGUCAUUGAUGUUUUGAUUAAAGAUCCUUUGAAAGAAAAAUAUGUAGAUCUAUUAAAACAUGAAGAAAUUCUUUUCUUGGGUCCAGACGAAGGUACCGCAGGAUUCGCCAAUUGGGCUACAUUCCAUUCUAAGAAGAGAGGUUGUCCUUGGUGGAAAUCUUUCUUAACAGGUAAAUCAUCAGAUUUAGGUGGGAUCCCUCAUGACAGGUAUGGUAUGACUUCCUCAGGUGUAAGAGCCUAUGUAAAUCAAUUAUAUGAUACUUUGAAGAUCACUGAUAAGCCAAUUAAUAAGAUGCAAACUGGUGGACCUGAUGGUGAUUUAGGUUCUAAUGAAAUCUUAUUAUCUUCUUCAAAUGAAGUCUACGUGGGUAUCGUAGAUGGUUCUGGUGUAUUAUGUGAUCCAAAUGGUAUUGAUAAACAAGAAUUGAGAUUAUUGGCUAAAAAGAGACAAACUGUUUCUGAAUUCCCCGCUGAGUUAUUAAGCAAAGACGGGUUCUUUGUGUCAACUUCAGAUAUGGAAUUGAAAUUACCAGAUGGAACAAUAAUUGCAAAUGGUACUACUUUUAGAAAUACUUUCCACACUGAAAUCUUUAAAUUUGUCAAGAAAAUUGAUAUUUUUGUUCCAUGUGGUGGUAGACCAAAUUCAAUUAAUCUAUCUAAUUUACAUUGUUACAUUGAUGAAAGAACUAAUAAGUCAAAGAUUCCGUACAUUGUUGAAGGUGCAAAUCUAUUUAUUGCUCAAUCCGCAAAAAUUGCUUUAGAAGAACAUGGAUGUAUCUUAAUUAAGGAUGCUUCUGCUAAUAAAGGUGGUGUUACAUCUUCUUCUUUGGAAGUCUUGGCCUCUUUAAGUUUAAAUGACGAAGAUUUCGUUAAAAAAUUCGUUGGACUAAAAGCAGGUGAAAGAACAGAACUUUAUAAUAAUUAUGUUGUAGAAGUUCAAAAGAGAAUUUAUAAUAAUGCAAGUAAUGAAUUCAAACAAUUAUGGGCGAUUAGUCGUCAAACUGGUGAACCAAUUUCUCAAUUAUCUAAUAUCCUUUCAGAAACUAUUAACAAAUUAAAUGAUGAUUUAAUCGAUUCUAAUGAACUUUGGUUAAACGAUGUCAAUUUAAGAAACUAUUUGUUAUUAAACAAAAUUCUUCCAAAAUUAUUAGUAGAUACUGCUGGUCCACAAAAAAUUCUACAUAAUAUUCCAAAUGCAUAUAUUAAGGCCUUAUUAUCAAGUUAUUUAUCAAGCUCUUUUGUUUACGAGUUUGGAGUUGAUGUGAAUGUAGGAAAGUUUAUUGAAUAUAUUGGAAGACUAAGAAGAGCAGCUGAAAAGGCCAAAAAUGUUCAUGAAUUAAAUUAG